AUGAUAAGUCCAUCCAUUAGUGGUAAAGCUGAAAAACUCACUAAACAGAUACGGCUUCAAUUUAAGAAAGGCCGGAAAUAUUAUGAAGUUGGAAAUUUUUCGCGAUCCCUGUAUUAUCUUGAAAAGCUUAUCGAUCAACUUGAUUAUAUGAUCAAUAAGCCUGAUGAUCUUGAUGGACUUGAAUUCGAUCUUUACUAUCAUACUUGUAGAAUUUAUAUUUACUUUGAAAAGCCGACGUUAGCCUAUACAAUAUGCCAAAGAGCACAAGAAAUAGCUACAAAAUUGCAAGAUGAUAAACAACUAAUUACAUGCUUGGAUCUACAAGGUGAUAUUAAGAUAUUACAAGGCAAUACCAAUAGUGCCUAUGAUAAUUAUUUAAAAUCACUUACAAUAAAAUUGAACUUAUAUGGCGAUAAUAAUAUUGUAGUCAGUAAAUCCUAUCUUAAAAUAGGCGAAAUCUUUGAUAACGAAGGCAAAUAUGAUCAAGCUCUUAAUAUGUAUAAUAGAGCCCUUACAAUUGAUAAGAACCUGCUUGGUAGUAACCAUAAUGAUGUAGCUACAUUAUACAGUAAAAUUGGCUCAAUACAUGAUAGGCAAUGUAAGUAUGAUGAUGCUCUUGUUAUGUAUGUCAAAGCUCUGAAAAUUAUACGAAAAAAAAGUAACCAAAAACACUCGGAUACGGUGGCCAAGUUAUUAUCGAAUAUAGGAACAAUUUUACACAAUCAAGCCAAAUAUGAUGAGGCUCUUUACGUAUACAAAAAGUCGAUUAAAAUUUAUUUGAAAAGAUAUGUAAAACAUCAUCGUGAUAUUAACAUGCUAUAUGACAAAAUGGGAUCGAUUUAUUACAAGCAAGGCCAGUAUAAUGAAGCUCUUACAAUAUUUAAUAAGGUACUGAAAAAUAGAUUGCUACAAAGUAGAUUUCUACAAGGUGACUUGAUAAUCUCUGAUAUUAUUACUUCAUGCAAAUACAUCGGAGCUACUUAUAUUGGCUUAGUGGUUAGUAUUACAACCUGGGUGUUAGGCAUCGUUAAGCUAAACAAGCAUUGCAAAAGUUCUUGUGGCUAUUGA